GAAUGAACUCUUUGGUGUUGACACAUGAAACCAGUAUAAAGCAAACAACUAUAUUUCCCUCUGACCCUCUGUACCAAGUGCGCUCACUUGUCUCCAACUUGUCAAAAGACAGCGGGGAAAGCAACACUGCUUCAAUCUCGCUUGCAAAUGGCUGGCGACAAAUCACCUAUUUCUGGGAAUCCAAUUCGAUGCAAAGCGGCGAUUUGUCGCAAACCAGGAGAGCCUCUGGUAAUAGAGGAGAUACUGGUGGCUCCGCCAAAUCGUCAUGAAGUUCGGAUUCGGAUUAUAUGCACUUCUCUCUGUCAUAGCGAUAUCAUUUUCUGGAAACUGAAGGAUUUUCCUGCUGUUUUCCCGAGAAUUUUGGGCCAUGAAGCUAUAGGGGUUGUGGAAAGUGUGGGAGAGGAUGUAGAUCAAGUAAAGGAGGGCGAUGUAGUCAUACCUACGUUUAUGUCAGAUUGUGGAGAAUGUAUUGACUGCAAAUCAAAGAAGAGCAAUCUUUGUUCAAAACUACCUUUCAAGGUCUCUCCAUGGAUGCCAAGAUACGAGUCUAGCAGAUUUACAGACCUAAAUGGGGAGGUUUUAUACCAUUUCCUCUUUGUGUCCAGUUUUAGUGAGUAUACUGUAGUAGACAUCGCCCAUCUCACGAAGAUAGACCCUUCAAUCCCUCCAAACAGAGCAUGCCUCCUCAGUUGUGGAGUUUCAACUGGUGUUGGUGCUGCUUGGAGGACUGCAAAUGUGGAGUCAGGAUCAACUGUUGCCAUAUUUGGAUUGGGAUCAAUUGGUUUGGCAGUUGCAGAGGGUGCAAGAUUAUGCGGUGCUGCUAGAAUUAUCGGCAUUGAUAUGAAUCCAGAUAAGUUUGAAAUUGGUAAAAAAUUUGGAGUCACAGAUUUUGUGAAUACUGGCGAUUGUGGGAGCAAAUCUGUGAGCCAGGUGAUAAACGAGAUGACUGGUGGAGGGGCAGACUAUUGCUUUGAAUGUAUUGGUUUGGCAUCCUUGGUCCAAGAAGCAUAUUCUUGCUGCCGGAAGGGUUGGGGAAAGACAAUCGUCCUAGGAGUGGACAAACCAGGGGCAAAGUUGAGCCUUAGCUCUUUUGACGUCCUCCAUCAUGGGAAAAUCCUUACUGGAUCCCUCUUUGGAGGAAUCAAAGCUAAAUCUGAUAUUCCAACUCUCCUAAAACGUUAUAUGGACAAGGAAUUGCAUUUGGAUGAGUUUGUCACACAUGAGAUGAAUUUUGAAGACAUAAACAAAGCCUUUGAUUUGCUCAUUCAAGGAAAGUGUCUCCGAUGUGUGAUUUGGAUGCACAAUGAGCAAAGUCAGCUUGUAACUUCCGCGUGAAAACUUUUCAUAUGUUCAAAUAAAUAAAUGCAGGUCACUGUCCUUGAAUUUAUGAAAACACGUAAUCAAUACAAAAACUUUAUAUUAUUUUCAAUUAGAAAUACAUGUAUUGGAUA